UAUUGUAGUUACUAUAGUAACGGCAGAACAGCUAUGGCAGAGAUUGACCCAAACGAAGAGAAAUAUUAUUUAGAACCGGAAACUUUCAGUGAUGAUUGUGAUGAAAAUUAUAAAUAUGAAGAGCUUUCCAUUAAUGAAGAUGCCAUAUCAUUAGGGAGUGAAGAUUUUAACACACUUUUGAAGUGUCUGAAAGUAGAAGAGAAAGAGAAGAUCAGCUCAGCAUCUAGUUUGACUGAAGUACCACAAGAUGUUAGUGAAAGUCCAGAGGCAUCAGUCAAAGAAAUUCCUGAAACGGUGGAUGAUUUCAUUUGCAACUUUUUAGCACAGAUGAAAAUGAAGAAAACUCUAAAUGCUUUCCAAGCAGAAUGGUAUGAAAUGGAACAAAAGGGCAUGGUAUCAAAUGCUGCUCCCUUUCUCCUACCUGAUGUUUACAUAUCAAUUUUGCAAUUAGAAUCACAAAUAAAACUUCUUGAAAAAGAUUCUGCUGCAUUCAAGAAAGUAGCUCUAAAAGCUAAAGAGGCCUAUGUAAAAUUACAGAAACAGAGAGACUUCCAUCGAAUGAACCAUCAUCGAAUUGUUCAAGAAAGAAAUAAUCUUAUGAAUGACAUCAAACGUCUUAAGAAGCAUUACAGUGCUUUUGAGCCAACAUUGAAAGAGUUUAAAGAAAGAUAUGAAUCUGCUAUGAAACACAAGAUGUUGACUAAGAUUGAGUUGGAACGAACUCAAACUCACUGUGAAGAACUGACAAGGACGAUAAAGAAUUUAGACAUUAAAAAUAAACCAGAGAAAAGAAUGUCUGAACAAUACCUAACUACACAUCCUUGUGGUAAAGGUAGAGUGAUAUUGGAUGAGAAAGGCAUGGGGCCAACACAGAGGAAACUAGCAGAAGAAAGGGAGAAGUCUACGAAGAGCAGCUUUGCAAGAGAGCUUAAGAAGGACGCCAAGUUUCCGACAGACAGAAAGGUAAACCCACUUUUGCUAAUGUCCAAGACAAUGGCCAGCUACCCUAUCCGAGCUGGUGGUUUCAAACUGACCAAAACUUAUAUUGGACAUAAAGAUGCUAUAAGCAGUGUGUGUCUUCAACCAAAGUCGAAGCUCCUCGCUACAGCCAGUGAUGAUAAGACUUGGAAACUAUGGUCGAUGCCAGCAGGUGAAUUGAUAGUGACUGGUGAAGGACAUACUGAAUGGGUAGCAGAUUGUGCAUUUAACGAUGAUGGAAAUAAUUUGGCUACAUGUGGUGGAGACAAGACUGUGAAAAUCUGGGACUUUUCACACUACAAAUGCCAACAUACUUUUAAAGAACAUCAACUCGGAGUUUGGAGUUGUUCUUGGCACUGGACUGGAGAUUUUGUAGCUUCAUCUUCCAGAGAUAAUACUGGGAAAAUAUGGGAUUUGAACAGUUUGCGCUGUAGAUACACUCUGAGAGGCCACACAGACUCGGUAAACAGCAUUAAAUUUGUGUACUACUCAAAUAUCCUUCUUACUAGCUCUACUGACAAAACAGUCUCACUUUGGGAUGCCAGGACAGGUCUCUGUGGACAAACAUUCUAUGGUCACACAGCAGGUGUGAACUAUGCUGUAAUUAAUCAAAAGGGCGAUACUGUUGCCUCUUGUGAUACACAAGGAAUUGUUAAACUCUGGGACACAAGAACUGUGGCACCGAUGAUCACAUUUGAAGCUGGGAACUUUUCAGCAAAUAAACUUGCCUUUGACUACACAAGUUCUGUAGUUGCCAUAGCCUGUGACGAUCACACUGUGAAGAUCUAUGAAAUUGCUUCAGGACAGUUGGUGUCUCUUAUAGGACAUGAUGAUGCUGUCCAAUGUGUCGAAUUUGAAUGCAGUGGACAAUACCUAGUGUCCGGCGGUAGUGACGGUACAGCUAGAUUUUGGAGCUAAUUGAAUAGUUUUAACAAGCAUUUUGUCUUUUAGUUAUUUUCACAAUUUUUUAUUAAGGAAAUUACAAAUAUAAAUUUUCAAAUAAUACAUAUUUAUAAACACAAAUAAGUAUAUCUAUAUAUUAUUAUACAUAUAUAUAUUUAUGUGUAUAUGUAUAUGUGUAUAUAUGUACAUGUCCGUAUACGUAUGUAUAUAUUGUAUGUGUAUGUGUAAGUAUAUGUAUAUGCAUAUAUAUGUCUAUGUGUAUUGUGUAUGUAUUUGUAAGUGUGUGUGUGUGUGUGUGUGUGUGUGUGUGUGUGUGUGUGUGCAUGUGUGUGUGUGUGUGCAGUUUCUUCAGUCAGCAUCUAUUUUCCAUAUGAGCAUGGUUUGAACAAGAAUUUAAUCUUGAGUUAGGCUUUUACUUCUUGAUGCUUUUCCUGUCACCAACUGGUACCUGUUAUCCAGAUGCUUGACUUUCGCAUUCCUUUUGAUGAGUCAGAGGACUGUAUUGUGUUCCAGAAUCUCAGUUUGGCAUGGUUUCUAUCAUUGUAUGGACAUAGCACCAACUCUAGUGGGGUUACCUUGUAACUGGCAAAACUGAAGAACUGUCAUGACAAAAAGUAAAAAUAUAAGGAAAAGGGUAAUGAUUUUUAGGUGAGGUUUUACCAGAGAUGAGAGAGUACUGAGGUGAGAGAAGCUAUAAGAAGAGAAUGAAGAGAGAAAGAGAAGCAAGUAUUGGGGAGCAGUGGAUGAAUGUAGUCAGAACAGUGAGGGAAAAGAAAGGCUGGAGGGAACCAUAGAGGAUGAACACAAGAUACCCCAAAAGGAAGAAAGCAUUUAGGAAGAAAGCGUUUAGGAAGAAGUGUGUUGAUGCAACAAGUGCACCCCACUUAUUCCCAUGGUUAGAGAUUUCUCCGCCUGGCUUACUUGAGACAGUGAGUUUUCACCAUACACAUCUUAAUAAUCAUCAUGAUCCCUUGUUAUCGCUUUUGAGGGACGCAACAACUUGGGAUCGGUUUUCAUCUCUUCAACACUUUUUUUUUCUAGGUCUUUCUAGUUUUUCUAGAUCUUUACUAGUUUAAAAGCCACACUCAGUGCAGACUUUUAAGCUCACUCCUGCGGAGGACUAAUUGGGUCUGUGGCCCAAAACUAAACGGAGCUGAAUAGCAUGACUAUAAUACGUCUAUAAUGACUAUAUGUCCCGGUGGUGUUUUAUCAGAGGUUAAGGACAGAUGAGAAUUAAUUCUGUAAUGCAAUCAUUCUAUUGUUCCAGUUCCAAGUUGAAUUCCAACUGUUGGCCAAUUUGUUCCAAAGUUCUUAUCUCAAUGUAAAAUUAAUGAAGCGAAUGUCAUUUAUCUCCCCCUUGAUCUCUGACGUCUUCUGACAAACAUCAUCUAAGAUGGCCUGAAUCAGCCAAGUGUGUGUGUGUGUGUGUGUGUGUGUGUAUACACAUACACAUAUGUAUAUAUGUGCAUGGGUAUAUGUAUAUAUAUAUGUGAAUGUGAUGUGUGUGUGUGUGUGUGUGUGUGGUUUACUGUUCAUUUGUUGACAACAUCAGCAGAAUUAAGUAUUCAAUACAUAUUUGAGAAUUAUUGAUAUUUUGUGUAAAGAAUCUUGAGACAAACUGCUUCAAGUUUCAUAGUAGAAGAUUACACUGCAUAACUUAAGUUCGAGGCAUAUUUUACUCUGAAAGGAUAAGCCUGAGCAAUCCUGGAGAAUGAUGACAGCAACCUUAGCUAAGUUAAACCUGAGCUAAGUUAAACCUGAGCUAAGUUAAACCUGAGAGCUUUCAUCUAACAUGAAGUGUAUAGUAGUUAGUCUCAACUAUGUUUCUGGAUACAAUAUGUUUGUAUGUAUGUAUGUAUGUAUGUAUGUAUGUAUGUAUGUAUGUAUGUGUGCAUGUGUAUGGAUGUAUGUAUGUAUGUAUGUGUGCAUGUGUAUGUAUGUAUGUAUGUGUGCAUGUGUAUGUAUGUAUGUGUGCAUGUGUAUGUAUGUAUGUAUGUGUGCAUGUGUAUGUAUGUAUGUAUGUAUGUAUGCAUGUAUGUAUGUAUGCAUGUAUGCAUGUGUAUGUAUGUAUGUAUGUAUUAUGCAGAUACACAUAUUGCACACAUAUCUAUGAAUUCAAACAAACUAUUUAUGUGAGCCUAUGAAGAAGCCCUUAUGUAGUACAUUGUCACUUGGUCUGCUAGAAAUAACAGUCAAAUACCACUGAUGCCACUCCUUAAAAAUGGAUGCAUUUGAUAAUGUAGUCCUGUGUACACUUCCCGAAUAAAAAACAAGAAAGAAACAUGCCCAAGGCUGGAUUCUUGUCAACCAUAGUUCUGCUCAAUCAGAGAUAUCUUGUGGGUUUAACAACAAAAAUAUAUAUACAUAUAGAUAUGCUGCAUCAAUAACUAUAAUGACAAUAUUUAUUUCAUAUUCUUGCCAUUAAUAGUGACAUUAAAUUCUACCGGAAUGAGAGAAAAAAGAAACUGAGCUAAAGUGAUAAAAAUAAGUAAUCGAAUGACGCAUUUGGAUAAACUAAAAAUUCUUGAACUUUCUUGAUUAGAAAUAUGGAUCAAUAGGUGAUCAACCUUAUUGAACUUUUCCAAGAUAGUCUUUUUGCCAUUCUCUGAUAGAAUAUUUCUGUAGUAUUCUGUCCAGUAACUGUUAAUUACACCCCCUUAUUUCUAGAGUGGAUUUGCUUUACAGGGCUCAGAAAAUUACUUGACGGGUUUUAGUAUCCUCAUCAUCAUCAUCAUCGUUGUUGUCGUUGUCAUCGUCAUUUAAUGUUUGCCUGCCAUGCUGGCAUGGGCUGGGCAGUUUGACAGGAGCUGGCCUGGCAGGAGCCUGCACCAGACUUCUGUGUCUGUUUUGGUAUGAUAUUUACCUCUGGAUGCCCUUCCUAACACCAACCACUCAGCCGGAAAUAUAAUUGGUUAAAACUUUUCAAGUAGAGUGCUCCACAUGGCCACAGUCAAAUGACUGAGAUCCCGUAACUAAUAAAAGAAUAUAUGUACACACAAGCACACACACGCACACAUACACAUACAUACAUGCACACAACAUACAUGCACACACACACAUACACACAUACAUACAUGCAUUUAUACGCACAACACACACAAGCACACACACAAACACAUGCAUACACACAACACACACAUAUACAUACAUGCAUGCAUACGCACAACACACACAGGUAGACAUACAUGCAUGCAUAUGCACAACACACACACAAGCACGCACGCACACACACAGAUAUGGGUAUAUAUAUAUCUGAUACAGGUAUGUAUAUCAUGACUCAUACACUGUUCACUUUCCUGGCAUUUGUACAUAAUUCUAUGAACUGUACAUGCACCUUUGAUGAGUUGUCGUGCACCUGAGCACUAUACACAAUAAUUCCAUUAUUAUUAUUAUAUAUCCUGGCUUUGCUUCGCUGACGAAGAUUAGAAAGGCUGUUGUCCACAUCGUUUGCACAGUCGAUCAUGAUUGUGGACAUGGACAGAUCCUUCAGCCUGUGCAAUGGAGUUUUAAGGUGAAGUGCAGCUUUACACCUGGAGUUCCUCUGCCAUGGCCCAGCAAGCUGGGAUGAUGACAGAGAGGUCCUCAGGUCAUAGGUUUUAUAUCAGAGUAUCCUUCUCCUAGACAGGCUGCCGAUCAUGGCAGACACCUGGUUAUACUGUGCCAGACACCUGCAGUCGUCCUCUCCUGUUGGUUUACAUCCAGGUGGUACCAUGAAGAGGUUGAAGUAGGACUUGGGGUUUGUGUCACUCAUUGGAAUAUGGUGCUCACCCAAUCAGCAUCUGGCAACUAUGUAGACCCCCAUUAACCACAACAUUUAGUAUAGGCCAUCUGAAGUGAGGGUACUUAAUAACAUAGAGAUUAAUAAUAUUUUUCAUAUUUUUAUUUUGGGUGAGUCAGUCUCUUGCUAUUUUAAGUUUUACUUCCAAGUGUGCAGGGUCUUGUGUGCAUGUGUAUGCAUGUGCAUGCUUCUAAGAAUAAAAGAAAAUGCGAGAGUUGGGCAAAGCAAAGCUGUUUUGAAAACAAAUAAUUUGUUUAACAUAGACACAAGGCUAGAAAUUUGUUUAGGAAAGGUAUAACCAGUCAAGUAACCCAAAUACAUGUCUGGUGCCGACCUCUGAAAGAUGAAAGACAAAAGUUGGCUCCAUCACAAUUUAUAAACAGAAUGUAAAGAACUAAACCAAAUACAGUAGAACAUUGGUUUUCAAACAACUCUGAUCACAAAUAAAUCAUACUUUAUCUCCA